AUGGGUUUAGAGGCUGUGCACAUGUACUUUGCACUUGUCAAGGUCUUCAAUGUCUACAUUCCCUCAUAUAUCCUGAAGUUCUGCAUAUUUGGCUGGGGUGCUCCACUGGUUGUUGUUAGCAUUGUUCUAGCAAUUGACAAAGAUGCAUACGGCAGAAUUAUAUAUGCCAAGUCAGUGAAGAGUUCAAAUGAUCAUUUCUGCUGGGUACAAAAUAAUGCAACUUUCUACGUCUCUGUGGUGGCUUACUUUAUGCUGGUCCUUGUGUGCAAUCUGGGUGUGUUCAUCGUGGUGUUGGUGCAGAUCCGCAACAUGAAGUCAAAAAAGCCAGCAGGCACCCGCAGUGGUUUUCUCUAUGAUCUGAAGAGUAUUGUCAGCCUGACCUUCCUACUGGGCCUGACUUGGAGCUUUGCUUGUUUUGCCUGGGGCCCAGCAAAGGUGCCUUUUCUCUACCUGUUCUCCAUUUUCAACUCCCUCCAAGGGUUCUUCAUCUUUUUGUUUCACUGCCUAAUGAAGGAGAAUGUGAGAAAGCAAUGGAGGAUCCAUUUGUGCUGUGGCCGGUUCCGACUGGAAGAUUACUCAGACUGGAGCAGAUCAGCAACUAAUGGCAAAUCGAAGGUGAAUAACAUUGCACGAAGCCCAUCUGUGAAAUCAGUGAAGUCUGACAAGUCAAACUCCACCAGCAGCACAUCCAAUGGAUCAGAGUCAAGUAGAAAGUUCACUUUGCCCAAUGAACAACAUAAUGAUCUCUUAUAUGAAUACAGCGUGGCACUUUCUUCUGCCCACCAUCGAUUUGUGAGUGCCAGUGGAUUUCGAGUAUCCCCUAUUUGUGUGCACAGUCAGGAAUCUUGGGGCAACACUCUGAGCCAUUGACACUGAACCUGGAUCUUCAAAUGAUGCCAAUCAUCCAACAGUUUCUUUGUGAGCCAUGAAUGUAAUAAGCCUCCUUGCUUUACACUUCACACUUUUUAAUCCAAAAUGUAUGGGAAUGAAGUCAGAAACAGUAUCUAUAUCAAUCAAUGAUAUGAAUAUCACAAUACAUACUUUACCACAAUAAUGUACAGAGGUAAUGAUUUUUAAUAAUUAUGAUUUCCACUGUAAUCUGUAACCCAUAUUCUGCACAGAUUCAAUUCAGUCAUUGUAAUUAUGUAUUCAA